AUGCCAACAAGAACUUACAUUUCCAAGAAUGAAGCACAUGCUCCAGGCUUUAAGGCUGCGAAGGACCGUGUGACAGUGUUGUUGGGUGCAAAUGCUAGUGGAGACUUAAAGCUUAAGCCUGUGUUGGUGUAUCACUCUGUCAACCCGCGAGCUUUAAAGGGUUACAUAAAGUCUACUCUAGAUAAUGCACCAAGCCACCCUCCCACUGUUGCUGAGCUUUCUGACAAUAUCAAAGUGCUCUUUCUACCUCCAAAUACAACAUCUCUCCUUCAACCAAUGGACCAAGGAGUAAUAGCAGCCUUCAAAGCCUAUUAUUUGAGGAGUACAUUUAAGAAACUUAUUGAAGCUACUGAGGAAGGAAAUGAUAAGGCCAGUGUUCUUCAGUUUUGGAAAAAAUUCAACAUCAAGCAUGCAAUUGACAUCAUUGUGGAGGCCUGGGGUGAACAAGUUGGCUUUGCUGAAGUGGAAAGCGCUGAUGUUGAAGAACUGCUCGAGUCCCACUGUGAAGACCUCUCUACAGAAGAUCUACAACAACUUGUUGAUUCUGGGAAAAUAGAAGAUGCCGAAGAUGAAGAAGUCCAGGAUGCAAAACCACGAGCUUCCCACUUCUGUUUUGUCUUCUAUCCUGAGGGAAGUUGA